AUGGGCGGUAAACCGUGGCAGUCGACAGGCUGCGAGAAUUGCAAGAAGCGGAAAGUCAAGUGCGAUAAACAAGAGCCAGAAUGUGAACGUUGCAUGAAGCGAGGCAUUCAAUGCCCUGGAUAUGAUCAAUAUCGCAUUUUUCUCCACAAUACAUCCACUACACAAUCGGAGGAGAAAAAGAAGAAGAAGCCGGCGGGUUCCAAACAAAGCUUUGCGCUCCAGACCCAGACCCAGCCUCAAUAUCUUAGCCGCGCAAGGCCAGUGACUAUACAACAACCAACCACUGUGCAUAAUGGCCCGUCAAAGCGUGAGCAGCUCUUCUCAGUAUAUAUCAAUACCUACUUUCCUGAAAAUGUCUUGGGAAGUACCGCGCUUGAUCCAUGGUACAGCUUGCUCUCGGGCGUCUCUGCCAUUCCGAACAAACCUAUAAUGCUUGAAAAGGCCAUUGCAGCCAAGGCCUGCAUCUUUCUGGGCAGAGCCAAUAAUGAUAACAGCAUGUUCCACCAUGGGCUUCAGCUAUACAACAGUGCGAUACACCAUAUGUCACUUCACCUUAACCGGAAGCGCAAUAUUUACAGCGAUGAGCUUGUCUAUACUGUUGCUGUGUUCCAACAACUAGUGUCAUGCCAUUGCCCUCAUGGCCUUGAAGUAUGGCUCGACCAAGUUAAAGUCACCAACGGAAUCCUGAAGUACUGUCAUAACCGCGCGAAUCAAAAUCCUAUAAUAAAACAGCUAUAUGUAGCAUUCCAUAGAAUGCGAUUGCUGCAAUCGUUAUCUCCACUGCAAGAAAAGGAAGCAAUCGACUUGGCCGCGGAUCAGUUUCCAUUCUCUUUGAAGUCCAGCGAAGACCAGUCGGUUGACGACUUGUUACAACUCCUGUCGGAAAUUUCACCCUUCAUCAAUGCGAUCACUACGAUUGUGGGCUCCAACCGAGAUGCCUGCAGAAUCGUUUUAUAUGACUGCAUAACGCACAGACAAAAGCUAUUCGAAUGGUAUGAGUCAAGUGUCGACUUGAUCGGUGGUCGCCCAUCCACCUGUGAAACACUUAUAACCAAACUACCUCCAUCAACCCAUCUGUUCGGCACACCUUAUAGGUUUAGCUCGCUCGAUAACUCUCGGGUGCACGGUAUUUUCUGGUCUGCAUUAUCCAUACUUCAAACCUUGAUCGGUCAAGCGGAGGCAUACAUCCACUGUUUAUCUCCAUCUGGAGCCGCCACGAAUGAAGACAUCUUGCUUGCGGAGUUCUAUACCGAUGAAAUUAGUCGCUCUCUUCCGUACUGGAUGGCGAAUGAUAUGAAGUCCUGGGGUGGCCAUGCAGCGAUCUUUCCCUUAGGUCAGAGUUGCAAGUUUUAUUUGGAGUUCAGACGACGAGACAAAUUCCUCUACAGCCAGCUGGGCUUGCAACUUAUCGGUGACCUUGGAUCAGACUUCGCCAAGCGUUUGAGUGAGAUGCUUUGGUACGGUUGGAAUCUCAUUGAAGGAACUGAUAAGAAUUCCAUUGCAUCGUUGUCCCCAGCCGAGGAGAUAUCUCCUGUGGCGGAACAUGUCACGAUAACGAAGGUGCCGGGACCAUCGGAAUCGGAAUCAAACUAUAUUACACCGGAAAGCAUCUGA